AUGAACUGGAUGAUCGUUCUCUGGUGGAGGAGAUCCAACAGUCCCUGAGGUCAGAACAUGUCUCCACAGAUGAACUGUCUCCUGCUCAGUGGUCGGCUCUGGUCUUCAUCUUACUGUCAUCAGAUCUGGAUGAGUUCGACCUGGAGAAAUACUCUGGUUCAGAGAAGGCAUUUUUGAAGCUGCUGCCAGUGGUCAAAGCAUCCAAGAAAGUGCUGCUGAGAUAUUGCAAACUCUCAGAAAGAAGCGUUGAAGCUUUGUCUGAAAUUCUCAGCUCCCCAUCCAAUCAUCUGAGAGAGCUGGAACUGAGCUGGAACAAGCUGCAGGAUUCAGAAUUGGAUUUGCUGUGUGUUGGACUAAAGAGUCCUCACUGUAAACUUGAAACUCUCAGAUUGAUGGGCUGUGGUUUGUCAGAGAUCAGCUGUGAUUAUUUGGCAGCAGCGCUGAAGUCCAACCCCUCCCAUCUGAGAGAGCUGGACCUGAGUAAUGACGCCUGGCCAUCCACUAAGAACAACCUGCAGGAUUCAGGAGCGAAGCAUCUGUGUGGUCUUCUGGAGAGUCCAGGAUGUAAACUUGAAACUCUGAGAUUGAGGGGCUGUGGUUUGUCAGAGAUCAGCUGUGAUUAUCUGACAGCAGCGCUGAAGUCCAACCCCUCCCAUCUGAGAGAGCUGGACCUGAGCUCCAAUAAGUUGCAGGGUUCAGGAGUGAAGCAUCUGUGUGGUCUUCUGGAGAAUCCAGGAUGUAAAUUUGAAACUCUGAGAUUGGAGCGUUGUAAUUUGUCUGAGAUCCACUGUGAUGAUCUGGAAGCAGUGCUGAAGCUCAACCCUUCGUAUCCCAGAGAGGUGGACCUGAGCUCCAACAAGCUGCAGGAUUCAGGAGUGAAGCAUCUGUGUGUUCUUCUGGAGAAUCCACAACAUCAAAUAGAAAAUCUGAGAUUGGAGAGCUGUGGUUUGUCAGAGAUCAGCUGUGAUUAUCUGGCAGCAGCGCUGAAGUCCAACCCCUCCCAUCUGAGAGCGCUGGACCUGAGCUACAACAAGAAGCUGCAGGAUUCAGGAGUGAAGCAUCUGUGUGGUUUCCUGGAGAAUCCAGGAUGUAAACUUGAA